GCAGGCGCUGGGUUUCCUCAGUGAGGACGUGUGCCAAGGCAGGGGGAUGGAGAGUGCGCAGCCGGUGCUUGCAGGCACCCACCGUGGUGGAGCCGGUGUCCCCCCUGUGCCGGGUGUUGGCGCGGGUCCGCGACUACGAGACCUACAUGUCAGCGGACGACCUGAGGAUAAACCUGUGGAACUUUGAAAUCACAAAUCAAAGUUUUACCUUCGUCUACAGCAGCAGCAAAGGCACCAUCCGGCUGUGUGACAUGCGCACCUCCGCGCUCUGCGACCGCCACGCCAAGUUUUUCGAAGAGCCCGAGGACCCAAGUAACCGGUCGUUCUUUUCCGAGAUCAUCUCCUCAAUCUCCGAUGUCAAGUUCAGCCACAGCGGGAGGUAUAUCAUGACCCGGGACUAUCUCACCGUCAAGGUGUGGGACCUCAACAUGGAGAACCGGCCCAUCGAGACCUACCAGGUUCACGACUACCUGCGGAGCAAGCUGUGCUCACUCUACGAGAACGACUGCAUCUUCGACAAGUUCGAGUGCGUCUGGAACGGCUCCGACAGCGUCAUCAUGACCGGCUCCUACAACAACUUCUUCCGCAUGUUCGACCGCAACACCAAGCGCGACGUGACGCUGGAGGCGUCGCGGGAGAACAGCAAACCCCGCGCCAUCCUCAAGCCCCGCAAGGUCUGUGUUGGCGGCAAGCGCAGGAAGGAUGAGAUCAGCGUGGACAGUCUGGACUUCAGCAAAAAGAUCCUGCACACAGCCUGGCACCCCGCCGAGAACAUCAUCGCCGUGGCAGCCACUAAUAACCUGUAUAUAUUCCAGGACAAGGUUAACUAGGAGGACAAGUUGUUCUUUAGGAAUCUCAUGUAUGAACACUAGUAAACACAAGAUUUCAAACGUUUCUUUUCUUUCUUUCCUGUUUUUUUCCCUUUUCCUUCCUGUUCUGUGUUCAGUUGCUGCUCUGCAGGUACUGGUCAUGC